AUGAUGAUUAUAUCUGGACUUGUUCUUAAAUCCAUCAUGACUCCAUUAGAUAUUUGGGCGUUCAAUGGAGUUUUGAUGAGUAUGAUUGCAAUUUACCUUUUUCUCAUUGGAAUUUGUUCUGUGUACCUCUAUGAUACGAUUCGUGCAAAGAAAACAUCUGAAAUAAUUGGUAAUAUUCAAUUGAAAUCAACUGGAACAGCUGGAGCACUCAACUAUGAUAAUGCAAUAUUUAGCAUUUGGAACUCUGCUUCCAGUUUAGCCACGAGAAGAAAUGUUUGA